ACCAGCUCGCAGAUUUCUACUUCAAUAAUUAGAUUACCCUAGCUAGCUCGCCAAAAAGAAGAAGAAACAAAAGGGUGAAGAUGGCUUCUAGGGUUGUUGAACCACUUGUUGUUGCACGAGUGAUAGGAGAAGUAGUAGACAGUUUCAACCCAAGUGUGAAACUGAAUGUGAUAUACAACGGGAGCAAACAAGUAUUUAAUGGGCAUGAACUCAUGCCUGCUGUCAUUGCUGCUAAACCUCGUGUCGAGAUUGGUGGCGAAGACAUGCGAUCUGCUUACACCCUUAUCAUGACCGACCCAGAUGUUCCAGGUCCUAGUGAUCCUUACUUGAGGGAACACCUCCACUGGAUUGUUACAGAUAUUCCUGGUUCCACUGAUUCCUCGUUCGGAAGGGAAAUAGUGAGCUACGAGAGCCCAAAGCCAGUGAUUGGGAUUCACCGAUAUGUGUUACUAUUGUAUAAACAAAGCGGAAGGCAAACAGUGAAACCAGCAGCAACAAGAGACCAUUUCAACACUCGAAGGUAUACGGCUGAGAAUGGAUUGGGAAGCCCAGUUGCCGCUGUCUACUUCAAUGCCCAGAGAGAAACUGCUGCCAGAAGAAGAUGAAUUACUACAUCAUAAUAUAAACACGCAAAUAAUCACUUUUAGCUUAAUUAGGCUGUUAAUGAGCUGGAAGUAGUAACUCCUUUAAUGUACUACUCUAUCUGUCUAUUAAAACACGUGAUUUAAAUAAGGUCUAAGUAUAUAGUACAACUUUGUACUUACCAGAAAAGUAGCUAGGUGAAUUGAUCAAGAAUAGUGUCAAUCUUCAUGCAUCAUGCAGAUUCUGAGCUUUCCCACCAAUUAGGUUGCCCCUGUGUUUCAUUUGUUUGUGAGUUCUACUUGUACUUUACUUCAUAUUAGUUGUUUGAUGUAUUAAAUUGAGAUAAAAUGCAUAUAUCAAAUUCAGUAUUGAUGCUAUAACUUA